GACUGGCCUUUGAAAAGUGAAACUCAAGUUUCUGAGAAAUGAAAGUGAAAACUACACUUAACUAAAAGCAAAACCCCUGCAAGGCAACGCCCCUGGUAUUACACAGUGGUAGCAGCAGCAGCUCGACACUCCAACCAGACUGAGAGAACAAUGACUUUGAGUACCCGAAAGGACCAUUAUGCAAGAGGCGUCCCUCUAUUCAAUCAAAGAGUUGAGGUGGGUUCAUUUUCCCUCGACUCAGAGCAUAAAUUCAUACAUGACAAGAGCCAGAUGAGAUACUACGUGGAACCUGACCAAGUUCCAAAUUUUGACCUGAGGGACGGCUAUAAUGACCGAUAUGUAAAGAGAGAUGAGAAUUUCAAGAAAGGUCUGACCCACGUCCUCCAUUGGAUCUUGGCCAACAAGUCAAAUCUCAAGAAGAGGGCGUCAUCUUCAUUAGCUUCAGAUGUUGACUUUGUGACUUCCCGUGGCCGCUUGACUAAAGUGCUGACGACACCGUAUGAGAACCUGUCAAGCUGGUUGCUGGCAGUCACAAAGUUCCAAGGAAUACUUUACAUCAAUGAAGUGGAAACAGAAGCUGCCCGCAUAGCACGCAACAACCGCACUGAGACUCAUGAGGAGAACAUAUACUGGGGGUACAAGUUUGAACAGUACAUUUGCUCAGACACAAUUGACGGUUCACCGGAUUCAAGUGGUGUCGUCAACUCUAACGAGGCCUUCUACACCGUGGUCCAAACCAGCCUCAAAGACCACAGACUUCUGUUCUCUGCAGAAGUGGACUGUCGGGAUAAAGCCAAUACCUCGGAUCCUCCAGCCUGCUACAUUGAGCUGAAGACAGCAAACAAUAUCCUCUCCGACAACCAGCGUAGCAAAUUCCGCAGGUUUAAGCUCCUCCUAUGGUGGGCACAGUCUGUCCUCGUCGGAGUCCCUCGCAUUGUUGCAGGCUUCCGGAAUGACGACGGAGUUGUCGAGUCUGUGAAGACUUUUGAAGUCAACAAUAUUCCAAAACUUGCAGAGCAGACUGAGGUCAACUGUUGGAAGCCAAACAUCUGCAUGAACUUCUGCUGUGACUUCCUGUCUUUUGUAAAGCGUGAGGUCAUCGAAGACGAUCCUCGGGUGGUGUAUCUGUUCUCAAAGGACCCUCGCUCCAACGUGACCUACACUGUACACAAGGAUUCUUCUUAUUCUUUCCUGCCAGACUGGUAUGUGAAUGAAAUGAUUUAAAGAUUCAUACCAUCAGUACUAAUUUAUGCUGUGGCAUGUAAUGAAACAAAAUGGUGCAAGUACAUUUUACAAAUUUUGCAAAUUUCACUCUCCUAACAUAGUUCCUAGCAGGCUUUCAUACGUAUAUACUGUAAUUGAUUCAUUUUACACCUGGGUGUUCUUCUCUGCAAUGUUUUCAUCUCAUGUACACGUUUGAACAAUUACACAUUUUUGACUAACUCUUGUGUGUUGUCCUCCUUCUGGACAGAUUCCAGUGCCUCUUAAUUGGAAAAAUGUAAUUGACCCUCUGAUAUUACUAAAAUAAGAAGGGUUGCGUUUGAAGGCGCCAGGUAAUUUAAGUUAAAUUCACGUUUUAAGUGCAUAUUGUCUCCUCCUUGAGCUACCACCUUUCCGUGUCCCAAUGGUCCUAGGAGUUCAGUUGUCGUUACUUUUUUUCAGUAAUAGAUAAUCUAACUAAUUACUCUUACUGUCAGCAUAACGCUGUUACCAUUUUCGACACCAGGUUACUGCACGUUACUGAAGCCGCCUAAAAAUAUAUCACCGACUUCAUCAGUCAUCUGCAGCGCAGUGGAAGUGUGUUGCAGAGUGACAAGGGAGGGGGUGAGAUAACCACAUAAGCAAUGAGGAUUGGCUAAGGUUUAGUAAGAUUGGUGCCUGAGCAUCCCCUGAAGUGUCACUGAAUAGUUGAACAAUGCACAGUGACACCAUCUGCACCAGGAUCAUGUUGUAGGUCUUUGGAGCUGGUCUGUGGGUUGAGUUUCACUGUUCUCACCAUCCUUUGUUUCUGCUUAUCUGAGAUUUUUCCUUAACUAGAACUGUGCCUGUGGUUUUCCAUUUCCUCAGCGACCUUUUGUACCCUUUUCCUAGACCAUGAUGUUGAACAAUAUUUGCUCUCAGGUCAUUUGACAGUUGUUUUGAGGCUACCUUGGUGCUACUCUUCAGAGAAGAUGCAAAGAGGAGAACAACUUAACCUUAAAUACCCUUAAACCACCUUAAAUACCAUUUCUAAAGAUUGCCUUCACCUGUUUAUGCAGGUUAAGGGUCAAUCAGCUUACCAAACAAAUAUUUGUGUGAAAGUUAUUCAAAUCAAUAAAACAACAAGAGCACCUGCCUACUUUUAUUGAAAUAAUUAUUGCACUGUAAAUCCUAUAAACGUCAUUUCACUUCUCAUACAUCAGUGUGUUUGUCUGCUGUAUGAUAUAUUUCACUGAAAUUGCUGAUCCAAACAACCAGUGAAUUAUCAGGAAAAUCUUGAAAAUUACCAGGGGUGUCCAAACCUUUUCAUAUCACUGUAUACAUGUACAGUAAACCUCGUAUAUAUCGGACUCGGAUAUAUCGGAAAUUCGCUCACAACGGACAGAUAAAAAAAGAACCAAUUUUUCUGUAAUGCAUUUCCAAUAAAAAUUCAUUGCAUAUAUCGGAUUUUUUAUAACGGAUUUUGCCUAUUUCGGACAAAAUCUCCAGUCCCGUUCCAAUG